GCAAGACUAGAAUUCCCCACUAUUUCAUCGCAACUUUGCGUCGUAGUAGGGAAAAUCCUAGUGUUUAUACAUAAUCUUUUACAGUGUAUUGCUAAAACGUGAUAUCUCUUAACUUUAAAGCAAAUUAAAAUUAAUCAGAAAAUCAUUUAAUCCUAUCAAGAAAAAAUUAAAUAAUCUAAUUAUAUUAUGUCACGAGCAAAUAAAUAUAUUAUACUGAUCCUGACAUUGGUGAAUAUUAUUCUUGGCCAAUAUACUCCUCCUCAAGCUCGAGUAGAACCGCUAUAUCCCAGAGGACUCAAAAUAUCGAUUCCAGAUGAAAAGGGAAUAAGCCUCGUAGCAUUUCAUAUAAAGUUUAAUGAAGAAUUUGAGGGAAUUGAAGCAGGAACAAUAGCUAGAGAUAUUUUAAGAGUUAGGAAUGGUCGAUGGACUUAUCAAGACAAUACUACUAAUUUGAAAUUUGGAGAUGUUGUUCAUUAUUGGGUACAUGUGGUCUACAAUGGCCUUGGAUAUAAUCUAUUAUUUCAACAACAUGAAGUUACUAAAUUCUACAACCCUGAUGGUACGAAAGUAAACUUAGACGGAGUAUCAACAUCAAUUCAACCAUCACAGGUUUGUGCUUUUUCGCCGACAAAAAUAGUAGAUUUGUCAACGGGAACUUAUCAAAACACAUGUACUGGAGAAUUAAUAUUUGAAGACAACUUUCAAACGUUGAAUGAUUCAAUAUGGAGACAUGUGGAGCGAUUUCCAAGAAUUCCUGAUUAUGCAUUCGUCACAUACCGAGAUAACGAGCGGAAUAUCAAAAUAAAAUCCAACAAGCUUCACUUAAUACCUACUUUAGUCGAAAAUGAGUACGGGAAAGAUUUUAUACGUUAUGGUAACUUGACUCUUGAAAGAUGCACUGGAAUAAUUGGAACUGUUCAGUGUAGUCGUGAAGCUUUUGGUCCUUAUGUUUUACCUGCAGUAUUUUCUGGAUAUGUUGACACAAAAAAAUCAUUUGCUUUCAUUUAUGGAAAAAUCGAAAUUCGAGCCAAAUUGCCUAGAGGAGAUUGGAUUUAUCCCAUUCUCUCCCUGUUGCCUUUGAAUGACGCCAAGGCGAUGAAUUACCCUGAAUUGAGGAUUGCUACGACUUCCGGAAAUACAGUGCUUCGUUCAAGUGGUGGAGCUGACUUGAGUGGGCAUGUUCUCUGUAGUGGAGGAAUUCAAAGAAAUUUUGAUACUCCAAAACGUCCAGAUAAUCCCAGGAGGUUUGCUACUGAUUAUUGGUUCGAAGAAUAUCAUACUUAUCAGCUAGAAUGGUCACAAAAUCGUAUUACAGUAAAGGUAGACAAUGUGGAAUAUGGAUCAAUGAAUGGAGGACCACCUUUUGAUAAACCAUUUUAUAUAGCUCUAGGUGUUGCAGUAGGAGGUCAUGAAGAAUUUCCAGACAUGAGUAUGAGCGAUGGCUACAUCAAGCCGUGGAAAAAUGUUGGAUCUAAGGCAUUACUUGAUUUCUACAAUGCCACUCCAAUAUGGUCUCGCACAUGGCAAGAAAAUCUGAAGGAUUUAUCUGUUGAGCAUGUCAAAGUCUGGGCUAUUUGAUAGUUUUUAAUCAAAUGAAAAAUAUUUUUUCACACUGUAAAAUGUAUUUUCUUAAAUUAAAAUACAACUUUUCUACAUA